UUGUAAAUUAAAAUACGUCUCUGGCUGAACUUGGAAUGGACUCCAUGAUGGCUGUUGAAAUCAAACAAACUUUGGAACGAGACUUUGACAUUUUUCUUACUCCACACGAGAUAGCUAAUCUCACAUUUGCAAAACUUAAUAAGAUAUCCAAUACAAACGUCAAUAAUUAUGAUAAGCAGCAUGAGAAUAAUCUUAAUGCAGAUAAAGAGGCCUAUGUGAUAAAAUUGCCAGUUGGUAUUGUAAAAGACGAAGAUUUUGUUUCAGAGAUCUGUUGCAAUCUCUCGACUAAAAAUCAGAAUACUACGACUGAAGUGUUUCUUAUCCCGGGAAUCGACGGUUGUGGAACGGUAUUUCGUCAUUUAGCUGCAGAUAUUAAAUUUUCUGCAACGUCUUUGCAUUAUAACACAAAUAACAUCGAUGCUACAGACAUCAUGGACACAACUGAUCGCAUUAUCAAUAUAAGCAAUCGUACGAGUAAUUUCAUAUUCUCUGUAAAGUUUUUAUAAUUUUAUUUUAAAAGA